AUGGUAUCCCCUGACAGGUGCAUGAACAAAGGUUCCUCCCCCACAUUCACUGAUUUCCCCCCUCUUCUUUUGCUACUUCUUUCGACUUCGCCAUCACCGAAUCUACUACAAAUAGUUACUCUUGCGCACACACGGAUGAACGUCGCGUGGGGGACAAAGACUACACGUAAUUGUAAUGAACAUAUGCUAAUGGCUUCUCCAGUGGCAGAUGGAUCGUGGAAUCGGUCAGUGCGUUCUCUCCGUUGCUACAGCACGGAGUCUCAUAGGUACAACCAUACCCCGUGCGACGGCAGCAUUCCCAUUGCAUUUGCUCCGGUGGGCCUAUCUUGCCUCCAAACGGGAGCCAUCGUGGGGCAUGCAAACCAGAAUUCAUCCAUUCCAGUAGCAUGCCAACGUGGCUUAUGCACCUACGGUCACGAUGUACAACUAUUGCAGCAUCAUCACCAGCUCUACAACCAACGUCAAAGGUUGAGACGCGGCGCCCCACGCGAAGCCCCCGUAGCAAAAGAGACCGGGAGUGUUGAAUACGGCGCGGGCCCUCCGACAGGAUCUAACAGCAAGAGACCGCUUCGGUGGGAGGGUAGUCAGUCUUCUUUGAACGAGUCUCGUAAACAAAAGAAAAGGAACAGUGGGAGUGUGCGCGAUCUGCUAUUUGUUGCACAUGUGUCCAACUUUUCCCAGUUGGAAGAGUUGCGGCGUACUAAUUCCCUUCCGGAUUUCCUACAGUCGUUUGUGCCGAAGCAGGCCAAUCCGCCAACCACAAGUAUGCCGAUGAGGUUCUUGAUCGUGGUUGAAAAGUUGUACCUUGCAGCCUGCGUGUCAAUCCCACCGUCACCUGAAGAUGUUGUUCUCUCUGAGAGGACGGCAGUGGAGUUUCUUGAGGUUCGGUACGUGCACUGCGACGAUGGGCACCUCCUGGUGGACCUAAAGAGCGGUACAUGCGUUGCCAAACGCAUUCACUCAACAUUUCGGAAGGCACUGGUGCAACUUUCAAAACUUGAAGCAAAGUUGCUCACCGGUGAAUAUGCUGGAACCAUGCAAGUCCUCCAGGAUAAGUCACUUUUCAGAGGCAUCUCCUACAACCCCCUGGUCUAUGCUGCGCUUUUCAACCUCUUAACGCAGAAUGGGGGAGAAGAAGACAUUGAUGCCGCAGACUUGUGGUCAAAACUUAUCCGUGAGCCUACACCCAACAGUUCACACAGUGACACGGCGGAGAGAAGCCAUACACGAUAUGAGAAAGCAGAAGAUGGUGAAAAACACUUGGUUGGCGACACUGCUUCGCUUCUCCCCUCCUGUGGAGUUGCGCUCUUCUCAACUGUUUACGGAGUUCGUUUGUUUAAGCGAGUAAUGGGUAUCCCCGGGUUGCGGAGGCUUUUUUUCCAACUGUUGGUGGAAGCAGCGCAGCCGAUGUCAGUAACCGAAGUAACGACACCACCACCCUUGAAAGAUGAUGAAGCACUUGAAAGAUCCACGGCCAAUGUUACGAAACGCCCCUCUGAGCAGUGCUUCAUGGCCAUCUUCUCGUGCUCACUCACGUCGUAUUUCCUCUUUGAGUGCUUCGGUCUCGUGGAUGGAGCAGACUGUUGCGAAGAGGAAGUGGAUAUCAUUUGUGCCUGUCUAAAGCGAUCUGCGGUGAAGGUUGCCUGUAGCAACGGUGGAAGCUUCACGAUGAUUGGGUUAAUCAAGGCCCUUUCCACCCGUCGUUUCGGCGAAUGCCAAAGGAACUGGCAGGGGGACGAAGGCAGCGUAAUUGUGCACGAAAAGAGUGCGAGUAUUAUCGACCCAAACAGCGAGAGUAAUGUCCUCAGCACCUCUUCACCACAUGAAAGGCUGCGAGAACGGCGGGUGGAAAGUGACGAAAAGUUUUUCCGCGCGGUCAUCAGGGGAUUUGUGGCCGGUGAAGGCCCAGGAAGUACACGUGAAGAGAAAGUUUCACGAGGCCGCCGCGUGAAGUUUCUUACGCAGCACGUCAUCGCAUGCCGUGUGACGCAGAGCCUCAUUCCGGUACUUGUGGAUUCCAUCCACCUUAUGGAGGAUCGGAUGAAAAAGCGCCAACGGCAGGAACCAGUCAGAAGGGGGGAAGAGGAGGAGGAGGAUUUGUUGGAAGUGCAGUACUUCGAGGACUGUACGGCAUUUCUUGAAGAAGCAACUGACCAGUGUGGGUUGAUGGUAAACCACGCGCAUGGGAACUAUGUACUUCAGGCGCUCAUACGCGAAUUAGUUAAGCGUAGUACACCACGGUCAUUUGUUGAGAAAAUGCUACAGAAAGUGUCAGAUAUGCUCAUUGCGUCCAUACUUGAGGUUAGCAAGGAAAAAUUUGCAUCCAACUGCUUAGAAGCAAUGAUUGACGCCUGCAAGACAGCGCGUGGGGGAAAUGGGAUGAUUUUAUGCCUCGGGUCAACUUUACUCCGUAAGGGAAGGGACCGCAUGCUACAAGUGACAUUUGAUCAAUAUGGAAACUACGUCGUGCGCAAAAUGCUCAAUCAUAUCACAGCCCUCGCGGUGGGUGAACAGAAAGCAAUGGAGAGUGAACGAGAGGAAGCACGCAGACUGAGAGGGCAGUAUUUUAGUAUACUUGCGCAAAAUUCCGAACAACUUCGCACCGCGCGAUACGGAUCAGGCAUUUACGACUGGAUAUGUUGCCAGAGCUCCGGAAUUCCUGCAUCGCAUAAAUAA